AGCGCCGCUUCACUUCGUCUGAUGAAGUUGAAGCUCCUUUUCUACGCAGACGUGCUGAGGACAGAAGAGACCCACUCUGAUGGCUGAAAGUUCAGGAACAAAGAUGGAGACACCUCAAGAGGUAAUCUUGGGAACUUUAGAAGAUUUGGGAACUGAGGACUUUGAAAAAUUUAAGUGGCACCUGCAGCAGAAAGGAGCCCUUGGAGACUUCCCAGCAAUCCGAAAAAGCAAAAUGGAGAAUGUAAACAGGGUGAAGACAGUGGACCAGAUGUUCUCGACUUACAGCAUGAACACUAUUAAAGUGACCAAAAUAGUUUUAGUGAAGAUGAAUCAGAAUGAGCUAGUGAAGAAUUUAUCAAUCACCAUCUCAGAACCUGCAGAUAUUCUUGCUGUGUGCCAUCGAAAAGUCAAAACCAACUCACAAAAGAAGUUCCAGUGUGUGUUUGAGGGGAUUGCUAAAGCUGGAAACAAAACCUUUCUGAAUAUGAUGUUCACAGAGAUCUACAUCACAAAGGGAGAGAUGGAAGAGGUCAAUGUUGAACAUGAGAUCAGACAGAUUGAAACAGCAUCCAGGAAACCAGACAGACCAGAAACAACAAUCAUAUGUGAAGACAUCUUUAAAACCCCACCUGGAAGAGAUGAACCAAUCAGAACAGUGAUGACUACGGGAGUGGCUGGCAUCGGGAAAACAGUCUUAACACAGAAGUUCACUCUGGACUGGGCUGAAGACAAAGCCAACCAGGACAUCCAGUUCACAUUUACAUUCACCUUCAGAGAGCUGAAUGUGCUGAAAAAGGAAAAGUACAGCUUAGUGGAACUUGUUCAUUUGUUCUUCAGUGAAACCAAAGAUGCAGGAAUCUACAGGUUUGAAGAGUUUCCGGUUGUGUUCAUCUUUGACGGUCUGGAUGAGUGUCGACUUCCUCUGGACUUCCUCAACACUAAAAUCCUGACUGAUGUUACUGAGUCCACCUCAGUGGAUGUGCUGCUGACAAACCUCAUCAGGGGGAAACUGCUUCCCUCUGCUCGCCUCUGGAUAACCACACGACCUGCAGCAGCCAAUCAGAUCCCUCCUGAGUGUGUUGACAUGGUGACAGAGGUCAGAGGGUUCACUGACCCACAGAAAGAGGAGUACUUCAGGAAGAGAUUUACAGAUGAGGAGAAGGCCGACAGAAUCAUCUCCCACAUCAAGACUUCACGAAGCCUCCACAUCAUGUGCCACAUCCCAAUCUUCUGCUGGAUCACUUCUACAGUUAUGGAGGAUGUGUCAAAGACCAGAGAGGGAGGAGAGCUGCCCAAGACCCUGACUGAGAUGUACAUCCACUUCCUGGUGGUUCAGUCCAAACGGAAGAACGUCAAGUAUGAUGGAGGAACCGAGAAGGAUCCACACUGGAGUCCAGACACUAGCAAGAUGAUCGAGUCUCUGGGAAAACUGGCUUUUGAGCAGCUGCAGAAAGGCCACUUGAUCUUCUAUGAAUCAGACCUGAUUGAGUGUGGCAUCAAUAUCAGAGCAGCCUCGAUGUACUCAGGAGUGUUCACACAGAUCUUUAAAGAGGAGAGAGGACUGUACCAGGACAAUGUGUUCUGCUUCGUCCAUCUGAGUGUUCAGGAGUUUCUGGCUGCUCUCCAUGUCCAUCUGACAUUCAACAACUCUGGAGUCAACCUGCUAUUGGAGAAACGGAAAACCACCUGGUGGUCUAAUGUUUUCAGAGAAAAAUCAGCACAGUUCUACCAGAGAGCUGUUGCCAAGGCCUUACAGAGUCCAAAUGGACACCUGGACUUGUUCCUCCGCUUCUUCCUGGGUCUUUUACUGGAGACCAAUCAGAAUCUCCUACGAGGUCUGCUGACACAGACAGGAAGUAUGUCAGAGACAAACAAGAAAACAGUCAAGUACAUCAAGAAGAAGAUCAGAGAGAAUCUGUCUCCAGAGGGAAGCAUCAAUCUGUUUCACUGUCUGAAUGAACUGAGUGAUGGUUCUCUAGUGGAGGAGAUCCAACAGUCCCUGAGAUCAGGAAGUCUCUCCACAGAUAAACUGUCUCCUGCUCAGUGGUCAGCUCUGGUCUUCAUCUUACUGUCAUCAGAGAAAGAUCUGGAAGUGUUUGACCUGAAGAAAUACAAUGCUUCAGAGAAGGCUCUUCUGAGACUGCUGCCAGUGGUCAAAGCCUCCAACAAAGCUCUGUUAAGUGGCUGUAACCUGUCAGUGAGAAGCUGUGAAGCUCUGUUAUCAGAUCUCAGCUCCCAGUCCUCUAGUCUGAGAGAGCUGGACCUGGGUAACAACAACCUGCAGGAUUCAGGAGGGAAGCUGGUGUAUGAUGGACUGAAGAGUCCACACUGCAGACUGGAAACUCUCAGGUUGGUUGGCUGUAACCUGUCAGAGAGAAGCUGUGAAGAUCUGUCCUCAGUUCUCAGCUCCCAGUCCUCUAGUCUGAGAGAGCUGGACCUGAGUAAAAACGACCUGAAGGAUUCAGGAGUGGAGCUGAUCUCUGUUGGACUGAAGAGUCCAAACUGCAGACUGGAAAAUCUCAGUCUGUCAGGCUGUAUGAUCUCAGAGAAAGGCUGUAUUUCUCUGGCCUCAGCUCUGAGCUCCAACCCCUCCCAUCUGAAGGAGCUGGACCUGACCUAUAAUCAUCCUGGAGACUCAGGAGUGAAGCUGCUGUCAGCAGGACUUAAGGAUCCUAACUGGAGACUGGAAACUCUCAGGAUGGCCAAUGGUGGACCACAGAGGUUGAAACCUGGUGUGAGGAAGUAUGUCUGUCAGCUGGAACUGGACACAAACACAGUGAACAGAAAACUCAAACUGUCUGACAACAACAGGAAGGUGACAUUAGUGGAGGAGUAUCAGCCAUAUCCUGAUCAUCCAGAGAGGUUUGAGUACUGGUAUCCUCAGCUGCUGUGUAGAGAUGGUCUGACUGGUCGCUGUUACUGGGAGGUCCAGAGGAGAGGAGGGGUUGAUAUAUCAGUGAGUUACAGAGGAAUCAGGAGGAGAGGAUACAGAGAUGACUGUGUGUUUGGACGUAAUGAUCAGUCCUGGAGUCUGGAGUGCUCUGAUGAUGGUUACUAUGUCUGGCACAAUAACAGAGGAACACCCAUCUCCUCCUCUUCUGUCUCUGGUAGAGUAGCAGUGUAUGUGGACUGUCCUGCUGGCUCUCUGUCCUUCUACAAAGUAUCCUCUGACUCACUGAUCCACCUCCACACCUUCAACACCACAUUCACUCAGCCUCUCUAUCCUGGGUUCAGGAUCUGGUCUCGUGGUUCCUCAAUGUCUCCGAGUCCUCUGCAGGACUGAGAGUCUCUCCUGGUUCCUCAGUGUCUCUGAGUCCUCUGCAGGACUGAGAGUCUCACCUGGUUCCUCAGUGUCUCUGAGUCCUCUGCAGGACUGAGAGUCUCUCCUGUGGACAGAAACACUGACUGAACAUCAGCUGCUGAAAUCAGAGUUCAGUCUGUUCACCAUCACACACACUCUGCACUGAGAACCAGAUCUCAGACUCAGACACAAAAACAUUCAUUUCUCUGACGAUUUCUAUGCAAUUUUUCAAACUUUUUCGCCAUUUUCCCAAUGUUUUUGUUAACUUGUUUUUUUUUUUUUUUU